UCAGGUGAAGUGUCAUACGUGCAGUCACUAUAUGAACACUGACGUUUGUGCUGCGAGUGAUUUAAUGCUCCUUUAACACAAUUAAUAAUGCGGCCCAUUUUGAUUGGGGUGGUUUUAGUGUCAGUUGCAGCUGCUUAUUAUAUUUAUCUGCCUCUGCCCAGCACUAUAUCAGAGCCAUGGAAACUCAUGAUUUCAGACGCAAUGAUGCGUAGCAUGAUGAAGUUGGGUUUCUUAGCUCAUGAUCUUGGACUGGCUUCGCCAUUUGGGUUGGUAAAAUACUUCUCCGCUUGGACGGAUGCAAAAAUUGACGAGUCCAGCCCAAGCGUCCGAGUCACAGAGGCGUCUUUUGGCGGAGUGAAAGCACUGGUGUUUGAGUCCACUGCUGCAGGCCAGGAACAGAGCUUUAAAAGAGGCGUGGUCUAUUUCCACGGAGGAGGGUGGACACUCUGCAGUACAAAGAUGGAACCAUUUUUCCGUCAGUGCAUGACUACGGCUGAGGAGCUGAAUGCAGUCGUAAUAUCUGUCGAGUACAGGCUGGCACCGGAUGCACGGUUUCCAGACCAGUAUGAUGAUGUUUUUCAGGCCUCCAAACACAUCCUGACAGCCGAGGUGUUGAGUCGGUACUCCAUAGACCCGAGGAGGGUGGCUGUGUCCGGGGACAGCGCCGGAGGAAACCUGGCCGCUGCUGUGGCACAACAGAUUGCUUUAGACAGUAGCAUUCCUAUUAAAUUUAAAGUUCAGGCGCUGGUGUACCCAGUGCUUCAGGCCCUGGACUUCAACACCCCCUCGUACCUGCAGAAUGCCAACAUUCCCAUGUUAGACAGGUCAUUGAUGGCCCGCUAUUGGCUGGAGUACCUAAACGGCGAGCAGAAGCUUCUUCCUGCUUUGCUGGCAAACAACCACACAGCUCUGGAUCAGGGUCAGGAGAUAGCAGCGGCUAAAGCCAAGAUCAACUGGACCAAGCUUCUUCCGGUGGCCUUCCAGAAGAGCUAUAAACCUGUGUUUCCGCUUCACGGCGACCCAAAGCUGCUGGAGAAGCUGCCAGGGCUGCUGGAUGUGAGAGCGUCGCCUCUACUAGCUGAAACAGAAGUGCUGAAGGCCGUGCCGCCCGCUUACAUCAUGACCUGUGAGCAUGACGUGCUGAGAGACGACGGACUCAUGUACGCCACACGACUGGAGGAGGCCGGAGUCCACGUCACUGUUGAUCAUGUUGAAGAUGGCUUCCAUGGAUGCCUCAGUUUCGCUUUUGGACCCUUUGCAUUUUCUGUUGGAAGACGAAGUCUUCGGAACUACAUCCAUUGGCUGAAAGAGAACCUCUAAAGACUCAUAUAGGCUGGGUCUAUGUUAAAUAUAUUUUAAUUUUAAAUUAGAUUUUGUAAAUUUAACAUGCAGUCCAUAAUAAAAAUGCUUUAAAGUUAUUUCUACAAAAUCUGAACAAGCAUGCUGUUUUAAUACAGGGAAUUUAUUAUAAAUUCGUAUUUAAUGUCAAAUGAUUUAUGCAGUGCAAUUGGAAUUUAUUAACAGGUAUAAAAUUAACUCUAAAGUUAAUGUGCAUAUAUACUUUAAAUGCACAAGAUAUUAUAUAAAUGUUUGGUUUGUUAGCUUAAGUUAACACUUUUUUGAUUUGCAUAUAAACAUACUUAAAUGACAUUUUGGGG